AUGAUGAACUUAAAAAAGAGUACUGCUACACUUGAAGUAACCUUACGUGGACUAGCACAUACAGAUGUUAAUGGUAUUCAGUAUCAAACAGAUCCGUUACUCGUUGGCAUUGCAUCUGAUUUUGGCAGUAGGCUAAUGAUAAUGAGGGUUGAUCCACGUGAUGCUAUUCUUUAUCAGACUGAGAGAUAUCACACAAAAGAUUUCACUUAUACGGUGCCAUUACCAAAAGAUGAUGGCGAAUACACAUUGGUUCUCAAAUUUUGUGAAGUUUAUUUUCAGUCUUCGCAGCAAAAAGUAUUUGAUGUUCUACUUAACGACGAAGUAGUGAUCGCAGAAUUAGAUAUAUUCAAGGAAGCGGAAGGCAUUGGAGUUGCUUAUGAUCGUCUAUUGACAUUUCAUGUUGAAAAUGGUGUUCUAAUAUAUGGAAAUCGACGUGAUUCAUCUGGAUACAUCAGAAUCACAUUAGCUAAGGGUGCUUUGGAUAAUCCAAAAAUAAAUGCAUUUUACAUUUAUCGUGGUCCCAAAACGGAUAUCCCGCCUCUGCAAGACGUAUCAUUUGAUGAGGAAAUAGAAGAGGAGGAAUUUGAUGAAAAGGCAGAUGUCAAAUUGCACACUGAGGUCAAUCGUUUCGAAGAUGAGCCUUUAGUGGAAGAUCCUUAUGCUGAGCAGGAUACAAGCCAUAUGUUCAUACCGUUCCUAAUAGCUUUCGCUUGAUCAAUUUUAUUUAUGGACACUGGUUGUGUACCACCUGCAAAUGCUCUUCGAUUACUUAAGAAAUUCUUUGGCCACAAUAGCUUCCGACCUUUGCAAUGGACAGUGAUUCAAAAUGCAUUGAGCGGGAAAGAUCAAAUAGUAGUGAUGUCCACAGGUUAUGGUAAAAGUGUUUGUUACCAGUUGCCAUCAUUGUAUACUGAAAAAUUAACGAUUGUUAUAUCGCCAUUGAUUUCUCUCAUGAAUGAUCAAGUAGAAAAUGCUCGCAGCAAUGGUAUUCAAGCAGCUUGCAUAAGUGGCGAAACAAACUCAGAUGAUCAACGGUCAAUCCUUGCAUCUGAUGAUCUAUGCUUGCUUUAUAUCACUCCUGAAUUUGCUGUUCACUGCGGUUCAUUGUUAAAACAAAUUCAUAAAAAUGUUAAUUUGCUGGCAGUCGAUGAAGCGCAUUGUGUUUCUGAGUGGGGACACGAAUUUCGGCCCAGCUAUCGGCAGUUGGCAAAAGUCCGCGAUUUUUUUGGUAAAAACGUUCCAGUGAUGGCACUUACAGCAACAGCUACACAACGAGUCAGAAUGGAUAUUGCUAGCAGUUUGGAACUUCAUCAACCAAUUAUCACACUCGCGCCACUGGAUAGGCCAAAUUUGUAUUUGUCCGUACGGACUCCAACAAGUAUCGAAGGAUUAUUACAUUUACUUAGCGAAGAUGAAAGAAAUGGAAAACAUUUCAAUGGUUCAACGAUUAUUUAUUGUUGCACCCGUACUUUGGUUGACGAAGUUUACGAAUGGAUGUCAGCAGUAGCAAAACGAAAAGCUCACGAAUGUUUCAUGAAAGAUCGCAUAACAACAAUUAUUGCAACUGUAGCAUUCGGUAUGGGAAUUGAUAAACCGGACGUACGUAAUGUUAUCCAUUAUGGAGCCCCAAAAAAUAUGGAAAGCUAUUACCAAGAAAUUGGAAGAGCAGGCCGUGAUGGCUGUCCCAGCAAAUGCAUCGUAUUUUACAAGGAUCAAGAACUAACUAAACAUCGUAUGCUUCUAUCUCAUUUUGAUGAGCGCAUGAAAAAAAAAGCAGCAAGUGCAGGAUGUUGUGAUAUAUGCGAUCAACUCAUUGGUUCUGAAAAUAAUACUAUCAGUCGUUCAUUAAUUAAUUCAACAAAUUAUGGUGAUGAAGCAUUGAUAUUACUUCGAGCUAUAAACAUUUUUGGAGGAUAUACUGGUCUAGGAAAAGUGAUCGAUUUCGUCAAAGGGAAAGCAAACGUUAGUCAAGCAAAACAAAAAAGCGAAUAUUAUGGAUCGGGAAAGCAUAAAACAGAAGUUUUUUGGAAGGAACUGGGACGCAUACUUAGAAUGAAUGGUUAUAUCAUUGAGACAAAAAGCUCCUUUAACAAUUUUGCUCAUCUUAUAUCGCUUUCUGAUAAAGGACAAAAUUGGUUGUACGGGAAGAACAGGGAACUAUACUUUGAACCAACGCCUUUGUUGAUUGGUCGAAAUCGAGUAAAUCACGAACAUCACAUAUCUCGAAAUAGUGAACCACUUCUUUCCAAAAUAUUAAAUUUCACAAAACAGCGUGAAUGGAAGGAUUGCAGCUGUUAUGGCGAAUUAAUGCACUCGAAGGACAUCACUGCUUCUGAUCAACUCGAAAAAGUGUUAUUUGAAACCCGUACAAAUCUGGCUAUAGAAUAUAAUUGUAGCGCUCACAUUAUUGCAUCAAAUAAAUGUAUCCAACAGUUAGCAACGCUACGACCAUCUUGUGUCCAGAAUCUGUCCAUAAUCGGAGAAAUGACGGAGGAAAGACAGCGAAAGUUUGGAAAGAAGCUUGUCAAUACAGUUAUAGAAUUCUGCACUGCGCAUAAUAUAUCGUUGGAUUGCAUGACCAGUUCAGCUUUACCGCAAGAGAUAGAGAAAGGAAUGAGCGCACUGAAUGAAGUUUGUACUGAUGCUUAUCGAAAUCAUAUCAGGGAAAAACUAUCAAUGAGUGAUUUGGCGGAGUCGCGUGCUAUAAGCGAAGGAACCGUGGCUUCAUAUUUUGUGAAUUUUCUGAGGAAUGGUUUACCGAUAUAUCUGGAUGUUGUUGGGAUAAAAAGAGAGCAUAUAGAUAUUGUUUACGGUACUAUCCGAGAACAUGGAUCGGACAUUUCACGUCUGAAGCCUAUUAUGGAGGCACUUCCAAAAGAUUUCAUAGACUACAAUCGACUGAAAAUUAUUUUUGCGAUCUUGGAAUAUGAAUAUGGUGUUGAAGAUUCAAAAGAAACGUCUUGUAGUGUUACCUCAAGCGAGAAUACCAGCAAACGAAAUAUUCCAGAAUGGAUGAAGACACAAAUACCAUACUCAUUACAAAAUAAAAGAAAGAAAAAAUCAAGCUUACUGGAGUGA